AUGUUGAAUCGAUUUUCAUCAGCUCUGAGAAGAGAUUUGUGUGAAUCCCUCUUGCCCCUCUUCCUACAAAAAGGAUUAAAGGCUUUCAAAACGAAUAAUCACGUCAUUGCCAUUACUAGAAAUGUAAAUAAUUCUUGUAACACCCAUCAUCGGUCCUACGCUACAAUACGACUUGUGGAUCAUCAGGAAGAACGAAGAAGACAACAACAAUCGGAACAAGAACAUAGGGGCGGAGAAAAUCAUGAUGAAUCGUCAUCGUCGCAGCAACAAACCAAGAAAGAACCCUUUCUCACAUUGACUCAAUUUAUCUUUUCGGUAUUCCAGCUAUUACAACAUUUUGUCUGGGUGUGUGGCAAACAAGAAGAUACUUGUGGAAGAAGGAGCAAAUUGCUCUCCGUGAAGUAA